GAAAUUUAUCUUACAAUAAUACGAGUGGGUCUCACAACAGGUGUACUCGGACUUUCAACCCAGAGAUUGUCUAAAAGCACGCAGCAGCAGCAAGAAUAAGAAAAUAAGAGGCAUUUUAUAUGUCUUAAUUCUAGGGUUCGUUUUAGCAGCCUCUUCUCCUCUAAGGACUUGAUUAGGUUUUGAUAGAGUUUUGGGGGAGUUUUGUGUUUGGGAUCGAUGGCGUGGUUUAGAGCGGGAUCUAGUGUGGCGAAGCUCGCGAUUAGGAGGAGUUUGUCACAGACUGGGGUGUAUGCUGCGAGGACUCGUGUUGUGUCGUCGGAUUGUCGGGGAUUUCAUUCCACGGUUUUUAGGAGUAGAGCGCAGGCUGCGCCUGUUCCCAGGCCUGUUCCGUUGUCGAGGUUGACUGACAGUUUUCUGGAUGGGACGAGUAGUGUUUAUCUAGAGGAGCUUCAGAGGGCGUGGGAGGCGGAUCCUAAUAGUGUCGAUGAGUCGUGGGAUAAUUUUUUCAGGAAUUUUGUUGGCCAGGCGGCUACGUCACCGGGAAUUUCGGGACAGACGAUACAAGAGAGUAUGAGAUUGUUGUUGUUUGUCAGAGCUUACCAGGUUAAUGGUCAUAUGAAGGCGAAGUUGGAUCCGUUGGGGUUGGAGGAGAGAGUGAUUCCUGAUGAUUUGGAUCCAGCGCUUUAUGGAUUUAGUGAAGCUGAUCUUGAUCGGGAGUUUUUUCUUGGUGUGUGGAAGAUGGCAGGGUUUUUGUCGGAGAAUCGUCCGGUGCAGACUCUGAGGGCGAUAUUGACUCGGCUUGAGCAGGCUUACUGUGGAAGUAUUGGGUAUGAGUACAUGCAUAUUGCUGAUCGUGAAAAAUGUAAUUGGUUGAGGGAUAAGAUUGAGACUCCCACCCCAAUGCAAUACAAUAGGCAGCGACGUGAGGUUAUCCUUGAUAGGCUGAUAUGGAGUACUCAGUUUGAGAACUUCUUGGCUACGAAGUGGACUGCUGCCAAGCGUUUUGGUCUUGAAGGUGGUGAGACCUUGAUUCCUGGCAUGAAGGAAAUGUUUGAUCGUUCUGCAGAUCUUGGUGUGGAAAGUAUUGUCAUUGGAAUGUCUCACAGGGGAAGAUUAAAUGUUUUGGGUAAUGUUGUCAGAAAGCCACUACGCCAGAUCUUUAAUGAGUUCAGCAGUGGAACAAAGCCUGUGGAUGAAGUUGGCCUUUAUACUGGAACCGGGGAUGUUAAAUACCAUUUGGGAACAUCUUAUGAUCGGCCAACUAGAGGUGGGAAGAGAAUACAUUUAUCGUUGGUUGCAAAUCCAAGCCAUUUGGAAGCUGUUGACCCACUUGUGGUUGGGAAAACUAGAGCUAAACAGUAUUACUCGAAUGAUGUGGAUAGGACAAAGAACAUGGGUAUUUUAAUUCACGGGGAUGGUAGCUUUGCUGGACAAGGUGUCGUGUAUGAGACCCUGCAUCUGAGUGCACUUCCAAAUUACACUACUGGUGGAACCAUACACAUUGUGGUAAAUAAUCAGGUAGCUUUCACGACCGAUCCAAAGGCCGGGAGAUCUUCUCAAUAUUGUACCGAUGUUGCCAAAGCCUUGGAUGCUCCCAUUUUUCAUGUCAAUGGUGAUGACAUGGAGGCAGUUGUUCAUGUCUGUGAGCUUGCAGCAGAGUGGCGUCAGAAGUUCCAUUCAGAUGUUGUGGUUGAUAUCGUUUGUUACCGUAGAUUUGGGCAUAAUGAAAUUGAUGAACCAUCUUUUACCCAGCCCAAAAUGUACCAGGUUAUCCGCAACCAUCCCUCGGCACUUACAAUUUAUCAAAACAAACUGUUGGAGUCUGGUCAAGUAACAAAAGAAGACAUUGACAAGAUACAAAACAAGGUCAAUACAAUCCUUAAUGAAGAAUUUAUCGCGAGUAAAGAUUAUGUUACGUUAAGAAGGGACUGGCUAUCGGCAUAUUGGACUGGUUUCAAGUCUCCAGAACAAGUUUCUCGUAUUCGAAACACUGGAGUCAAACCAGAAAUUUUGAAGACUAUUGGCAAAGCUAUCACAACGCUUCCAGAAAAUUUUAAGCCUCACAGAGCAGUGAAGAAGAUUUUUGGAGACCGUGCAAAGAUGAUAGAAACAGGAGAGGGCAUUGACUGGGCUGUCGGUGAAGCACUUGCUUUUGCAACAUUACUUGUUGAAGGAAAUCAUGUCAGAUUGAGUGGCCAAGAUGUAGAGAGAGGUACAUUUAGUCAUAGGCAUUCUGUGCUGCAUGAUCAGGAAACAGGUGAGAAAUAUUGUCCUUUGGACCAUGUUAUCUCGAACCAAAACGAGGAAAUGUUCACCGUCAGCAACAGUUCCCUAUCGGAAUUCGGUGUUCUGGGGUUUGAAUUGGGCUAUUCAAUGGAAAAUCCCAAUUCCUUGGUAUUAUGGGAAGCUCAAUUUGGUGACUUCUCAAAUGGAGCUCAGGUCAUUUUUGACCAAUUUUUGAGCAGUGGUGAAGCGAAGUGGUUGCGCCAAACUGGCCUAGUUGUGGUUCUCCCUCAUGGUUAUGAUGGGCAGGGACCUGAACAUUCCAGUGCACGCAUGGAGCGUUUCCUUCAGAUGAGCGAUGAUUACCCAUAUGCUAUCCCAGAGAUGGAUCCAACACUUCGAAAGCAGAUCCAGGAAUGCAAUUGGCAGGUUGUAAACGUCACAACACCUGCAAACUAUUUCCAUGUCUUGAGACGUCAAAUUCACAGGGAGUUCCGUAAACCUCUUAUUGUGAUGGCUCCAAAAAACUUGCUUCGUCACAAGGAGUGCAAGUCAAAUCUAUCAGAGUUUGAUGAUGUCCAAGGCCAUCCAGGUUUUGACAAACAAGGAACUCGUUUUAAACGGCUUAUUAAAGACCAAAGUGACCAUGCAGAUCUUGAGGAGGGUAUCAGACGUCUGGUACUUUGCUCUGGAAAGGUGUAUUAUGAACUUGACGAAGAGAGGAAGAAAACCAAUGGCAAGGACAUCGCAAUAUGUCGAGUGGAACAACUUUGUCCAUUCCCAUACGAUCUCAUACAGCGUGAACUGAAGCGUUAUCCAAAUGCAGAGAUUGUCUGGUGCCAGGAAGAACCGAUGAACAUGGGUGCAUACAGUUACAUUGCACCUCGCCUUUCUACUGCCAUGAAAGUACUGAGCAGAGGUACAGUUGAUGAUAUCAAAUAUGUAGGCCGUGCUCCAUCUGCUGCAACAGCUACAGGUUUCUACACAGUUCAUGUUAGAGAGCAAAGUGAACUUGUUCAAAAAGCGUUGCAGUCUGAACCGAUCGAUGUUAAUGCAAUAACUGUCUGAAGAUCCAUUGUAUCGUUCAGCCUUUGAGAACACUUGAAUAAGCCUAUAUGGCUCUUUUACGAAAACACUGUAUUUACAUAAACUUACAUCUUUGAUGGUCAAUAUUUGUGGUGGUCUCAGAUGCAUGUAAAAAGAAUGCUGGUGUGAAGUUCACACGCCAAUGUUUUUCUAAAGUUCACUUUAUAUUUUUGUGGAGGCAAUACAGGAAGGCUAGAAAUUACUUGAACAUCAAGAAGUUUUUCUUUAUAUGGUUACUUUUAUUGUUUUGCUCA